CCGGGAUUUCCGGCGCCGCUUCUGGAACCCGGGCGGGCCUGUGAAGGACGUUGGCGGCGGCGGAGUGAAGCCUGUGUCAGUCAGAAUGGCGGGUCAUGAUAUGCCCGGUCAGCACCAGUUCACUGGAUUCCACAAGUACUUCAAUGCCUACUCUAUCACAGGCAGGAGGAACUACGUGCUGGUUACGUACGCAGGGAUCGCGUCACUCAUAUUAUUCUUCAAACUGCGAUCAAAGAAGAAGGCACCACUGGCAAUCGCAGACCAGAAAUGAUGUGUGGGUCUUUUCAGCGAGGGUGUAAUUAUGAAAUUAAGGACGAGCAUAUGUCUUUUUUGUUGGACUUGUGGAAAUAUUUUAAACCUCUCCAAUCGUGUCACUAUGGUGUUGUAAUGCAAGUUACCUAAUGCAAGUAAAUCUACUGGGAAUCAA